AUGGUGCAGGGACUCGGUGAACAAGCCCUGGUCAACCUCUUGCAUUGUCCUCCUGAGCAACAUGUUGCUCAAUUGGAGCAAUUCGAGGCGUUUGUGCUCGGACAGCGCAGAAAUGCGUCCGAGGUAAACAGCCAAGCCACGGAUGAGUUCACCAAUAAGAUUAAGGAUGAGCUUUUGCGUGAGCAAGCUCGGAAUAAGGCGCUCAACAGAUCUGUUGAGACGCUCUCUGCCUGGCUUAAUCAACCGAGGCCCAUUCGGAUGUACCCUCCGAAGCUCAAUGGAACUAGCCCUCACACGAUUGUUCACUGGCUAUUAGCAGUUGAGCAAUGUGGAGUGGCGCAGCUCAUCGAAGAAGACACCAGGAUAAUAUGUUUAACUUGCGUGGCAAAGCGUCAGAGUGGGCAUACUCUACGCUGA